GUGUGGGAGAAUGAGAGCGAGAGAUGUACAGAGGAAGUAGGGGAAGAGAGAGGUAGGGAUUAUUUAGUUUAUUUCGGGGCUUGUUACAGUAACAUCAGCAGUCAAAUGUGUAGAUCAGGACGGAGACAGAGAGCAGAUAUCAACUCAGAUUUAGAGAUUGUAGGAAAGAGAAGAGAGCAUUGAGACAGUUUAAACAGUACAGUUAUAACACAUUGAGACAAGAAGAGACAGAAUGGAACAAUAAUACAGCCAGUUUUAGGGUUCAGGGAUAACGGUAUCGUGUCCAAGGGGGAGUUUAGGAUUUUGUUUUUUUGGGGGGGGGACAGGUGGAACGAGCAGCAGUGUCUUGAGGAGUACAUGAGUAUUGUCAGGAGCCAUAUAGAACAACCAGAGAGAUGGGGAAGACAUGGAUUAUAGGAGUCAUCUCUCUCCUGGCUGUUUCUGCAACCUGGAGCUUAGAAACAGGAUAUAACCACAACAUUUCUGUGAUCUCUCACACUUCCCCUUUCCUCACCUCCACUGUGCCUCUGGGCCUACAACACGGAGUCAUUGCUGCCAGGAGUGAACAUUUCCACCUGGGGAAUAAUGCCAUCUUAAAGUGCAGCAAUAAGACUUGGAGUGAGAUGAUCUACACCAUCUGGAAAAUACAACUGGGUGGAAUAAAGUGUCAAAUAUCAUCUAGUAAUGAUAACCAAAAUCUGAACACAUGCAAUGAUGGAAAAGCAAUGCUCAACACAUCCAGGGGUGAAUCCUUCCUGCAGAUUCCAGGGUUCUCAAAGAGAGAUGAAGGAAUCUACCACUGUGAGUCGGUGUACAAAGCAGGAAGCUACGCCUCAAACAUUGAUGUAUCACUAAUAGCCCCUCCCAAUGUGUUUGCCUGGCUAGAGUGGGAGGGCAGUAGGCAGGUGGCUGUGUGUUUGGCUGAAGGGGGGAAACCAGCUGCCUCCAUCUCCUGGAGUGAAAACUGGAACUCUACUUCAACCACCACAUUGAACCUAGAUGGCUUCAACAAAGUAGAGAGUCGAUUGGUCCUGCCUGAGGGGAUCGCUACGGGCAACCUGACUUGUGCUGUCAUACAUCCCUCCUGGGAAGAGGUGCAUAUGGUGACACCAGGAAUCGUCAUACCCUGGAGAUUAGUCAUAAUCUCCGUGGGAACUAUAAGCUUCAUCAUGGCUAUUCUGGGGUGUUUAUACUUCACACGAAAACACCCCUGCAGAAUUAGCCCCAAGGCUCCUCAGUCACAGGACUAUGUGGAGGAAGUAGAACCCUACGCCAGCUAUAUACAAAGUGCCAAUUUAAUCUACAACUCCUCUGCAGAACUGUUCACAUAACACACACACCUCUGCACGCCACGCUGCGAACUUUGAGGUUGAAGAAAAUGAUCCAGUAAACAGGGGAAUGAUGGAGGACAUGACACAGGGCUUCUGUUACAAAAGGAAAACCUCACAGAUCUGAUCACUCCUGACUGACGUGAGAAAAUGGCAAAAAACAUACAUUUCUACAACCGAAGAGAUGUGGGCAGAUGAGGGAUGAUCUUUCCAGUUUAGCAUUUUCACAAUUUGCACAAUGAGAACUAUGACUUGCUGUGUAGUCAGCACAACUGUAUACCACUGCUCUCAUAACACACGUUUGACUGUUCCCACACUCCUGCCAUCUGCAAAUCAUGGGGAAGAGUGCAAUUUUGAUUUUAAUCAAAAUCUCAAUUUAUAUAAUACUGAUGUGUAAUUACAGUGUUUUUGUUGAGUUUAUAUUUAUGAUUGAAUUUAAAUAUCAAGUUUGUUAUAUAAUAAAAACAGAUUCGUUACAUUUGAAACCUACAUCCAGAGUUAAUGGGGAAAGGAUUUGAAGCACACACAACAUUCUCUGUGGUUACAUUCAUGAGACAAGAGUUUGACUCUGAGAACUAAGAUAACAACUAAACUUUUGAAUUUAAUCAAUUGCUUUUGAGUCGGAAAACGUGUGUUUGCAGUGGUGGAAGUACUCAAAUGUAUUAAAACUAAAUAGUAAAACUAAAGAAACCUUAAAUAGAAAACGACUCAAGUAAAAGUGAAAGCCACCCAGUAAAAUACCACUUGAGUAAAAGUCUAAAAGAAUUUGGUUUUAAAUAGACUUAAGUAUCAAAAAUAGAAGUAAAAGUAUUAAUAAUUUCAAAUUGCUUAUAUUAUGCAAACCAGAGACACACGCCAACAAUCAGACAUUCAUUUACAAACAAAACAUUUUUGUUUAGCGAGUCCGCUAGAUCAGAGGCAGUAGGGUGUCAGGGAAAAUGUACGGAGUAAAAAGUGCAUCAUUUUCUUUAGGGAUGUAGUGAAGUAAAGGUUGUCAAAAAUAUAAAUAGUAAAGUAAAGUACAGAUACCCCCCAAAACUACUUAAGCAGUACUUUAAAGUAGUUUUACUUAAGUACUUUACACUACUGUAUGUUUGUUUGUUUGUAUCGGUCAAUUUCAUAGGAUGUUACAUGAUACAGUAUACUCACAGACAGAAUGGGGUACCCCAGACACAACAUAGGGUCUAUAAAUCUGAAACAUCUGUCUAGAAAGUUUUCUCAUCACCAAAUAUGUGAGUGAGAGGAAGUCCAGUCACGGAUUGUGAGGGAGGUUGGAACUAACUGAAACUGGGCCGACAUUCUGCAAAUGUUCUCAUUGAUGAAACAUCUUUCUGUUCCUAAAACUAGAAUAUGUUAAGAACACAGUGCACUAAGUUUAAUAGACUUGACGUUUUGUCAAAGUUAUUUUAAAAUUGCGUUGUUUUAAAGGAGUGCUGGGUCGAAUUGGGUUUGCACCCACGCACACUUCACAAUGGAGGCAUUCCCUAAUGGAAAUAUGCAAAUACAUGCUACAAUGCACCAGUAGGAUCUCGCUAGCUCGUGCAUGACUUUGUCCACCUCAUUGCUUGUUCUGCCCACUAUGUAUCAUUUGCUCCCACUGUAAACAACACAGAUUAACUAUCUUGGGUUAGUUAUCAAUAUCGUUGGCAUACUGUUGAGUGCUUUCCAUAAAGCAGGGGAUGUGCACCCUCUGCUGGAGAAUAUAGGUGAACUAAUUUUAUGAGAAAGAGGGUAUGUUAAGGGCUGCAUUCCAAAUUCAAAGUAGACAGCCCUCAGCCCUUGAAUUAAGUUUUACAUCUUCACAUCCGAGUGUACCUUAAAUGUCCCUUGCCCAAGUGACGACGAGUGAUGAUCAGAGAAACAACGUCCAUGGUGGAAAUCUUGAAAUUGAGCAUAAAAACAACCAACCUAAAGCUAUUAAUGUACCUAGCAAGCUAACGUAGCUAGCUAGCACUCCUGUCAGCUAGUUGGCUAGCUAGUUUUACAGUGAUUUAUUCUAAUAGUUUUCAGAAUUCCCCAAAAUCCAUUUAUGAAGGUAGCUACGUUUUACAGGGUCCUCACUAGGAGACAAAGCCAAUUUGUGAACACAAAAAUCAAUGUAAUCUAUACAUUUCUUUUGCAAGCUAUCUAAAUUUGACACUUCGCAGUAUGACACGUUUUUAUACAUUUUAUAAAUGUUAUUUCAUUUAUUUUAUUAUAUUAUUUAUUUAACCUUUAUUUAACUAGGCAAGUCAGUUAAGAACAAAUUAUUAUUUACAAUGACGGCCUACCUCCUGCGGGGACGGGGGCCAGGGAUAAAAAAUAAAAAAUAAAUACAAUUUAAAUAUAGGA